UUUGAAGAGAAGCCGACGAUGGCGCACGAUGGCGUUCCAUAUUUGCUCAUUGAUCAACCGUGCGUGGAAGACAGAUCAUGAUGAGGGCCCUAAUGAAGCGAGUGGUCCGAGGAGUGCGGCAUGACGCCGAAAAGGGUCAGUUUGUGUGCGAGGUUCGACGCAGUAACUCGCCGUUGAUGCUGGGCUGCCUCAUGUACAACGUCAACGGUCGCGCCAUGGAUCUGUACUUUACCCACGAGCUUCGAGCAGGUCGCGGGUGUGGUGUUGCUCGAGCACUUUGCGAUGAAGCGUUCAAGUAUGCCUCAGCCCACGAACUUGUUGUGAAUCCAAUCUGUCCAUACGUUCGAGACGUGUACCUUCCAGAUCGAUCGAACGCACUCAUACCCCGUCCUUCACCAGCCACCAGCUUUGCGCUCCACUGCUAACGUUAUUCAAGUGCCAUUCCCAACAACUCCAGUCGUCAACUCACGUGUCUUACGAACUCCAAUGGAGAUGCGUCUUGGUCUUGUGGACCAUGCAGAUACGUGGUACCAAUACACACUUGCACAGCGAUUGCCUCCAUCUUUAAGGCGUAGUGGCACCACCUUCCUCAACGGAAAAGAACUAGGCACACGUGCAGUGUUUCAACGAGACUGCAAAGAUUGUGCUGGAGGUGGAAGGCAUUUUUGUUGGCACGAAUACACAGACCCGUC